AUGUCCGACGACGAGGCUGACCCCGAACUUUUGGCCCUCCUCCGCCAGCACUUCCAGGGGAAGCUGAACGUUAGUGAUGAGCCGGAGACGGGUGUGCUUGAAGGCGCCGAGUUCGUCUACGACAACUCAAUUGAUGUCGCCAUUGAUAUGAGGGCUACCAAGAGGGCUGCUGCCACUAUCUACUCUCAGAUGGAACAGAAGCAGUACUCAACCUCGACUUGGGCCGAACACGAACUGCACCCCAAGACCAAGGACGACAGCACUGCUGCCUUCAUUUUCACCAUGGAUCUGCUCAACUUUUGCUUCUGGUCGGAGAAGUCCGAGGACGAGAGGUAUGCCGUUGAGUACCGCGGCAAGACCUGGACCGGAUAUUGGAGCAUGGUCGCCUCGCUGCAGAGAGCACUCGAUGAGGGCAUCCCUAUCACCAGCUCUGAUUUCUGGCAGAGCGAGGAUGAGUGCAACUUGGAGGUGCUGAGACACGUCUUCAGGUCCAAGACAGAGGAAGAGAUGCCCCUGCUCGAAGAUCGUCUCACUUGUCUACGUGAGGCUGGUACCGUGCUGUACGAAAAGUACAACUGCAGCGUGACGAAACUCGUCGAGGCAGCCGACGGUUCUGCGGCCAGGCUCGUCAACCUUCUUGCCCGGGACUUUGACUGCUUCCGUGAUGAGCACAUUUUUGAGGGCCGCCGGAAGCCUGUUCGGCUCCUCAAGAGAGCCCAAAUUCUCGUCGCAGAUAUAUGGGCCUGCUUUGGCGGUGAAGGCAUCGGCGCCUUCCGAGACAUUGACAAGAUUACCAUGUUUGCCGAUUACCGUGUUCCGCAAAUUCUCAACACAAUGGGCUGCUUGUACUAUAGCCCGUCGCUGGCGACCGCCAUCAACUCCAAGAGAGUGCUCGAAAGUGGAUCGAGGUGGGAGCUGCAGAUGAGAGCAUGCAGUAUCUGGUGUGUGGAGAUGAUCAAGCGGGAGAUUCAAAAAGCGCACCCCGGAACGAGUGUGAAUGCCAUUUUGAUUGAUUUCUUUUUGUAUGAUACCAUGAAGGAGCUGGAGGCUGCGGGCACAGAGACUGUGCAGCAUCACAGGACGAGGAGCAUUUGGUACUGA